AUGUCGACAACACCAAGAUCCUUUGAGAGAAGGGCCGCCGUCAUAACAACACCAAACACUCCCUUCACAUUUGUCAUCACAGACUGCCCAUCAGACAAUGAUCUGGCACAAUACGCAGACUACUUGCUCGGCCACGGCAUAAAGAAUGUAGUUAGAGCAUGUAAUGCAUCAUCGUACGACGGCGCAGCAUUGGAAAAGUCGUAUGGUAUAAAAGUAUACGACAUGGAAUUCGAGGACGGGUCUGUACCGUCGCCUGCUAUACUAGACGACUUUAGGCGGCUUGUCAAAACAGUUGCUUCAUCACCGGGUGAAAACGCUAUUGCUGUGCAUUGCAUAUCUGGGUUGGGGAGAGCACCUGUACUUGUAGCAUGUGCACUCGUAGAUGAUGGAUUAGAUCCUGUUGAAGUCGCAACAGUGAUACGGAAACAUAGAAGAGGGGCGCUGAAUAAGAAGCAGUUACAGUGGUUGUUGGACGGUGGUGCGUCAAAGGGAACGAAGGGUGUCAAGCUGAAAGGUUCUGUGAUGAAUUUUCUGGGGUUUAAGAACAAAGGAACUAAAGCAUAG